AUGCGGUCUUUAUCCGUCCUGCCGGUGCUUUCGACACUUGCCCUACUUCUCAACUACUCGCUCCUCACGGCCGCAACCCCGCUCGCAUUUGAAGCAAACGUCCUCGAAGAAAACAGCCUUGAGAAGCGCUGUGUAAACCCUUGUGGCUACAACGGCUGGCUUUGCUGCGAGGCUGGUCAGACAUGCACUACAAACAGUGCCCAAGAGGCCGUCUGUGCAGAUGGUAGUGGUAGUGGCAACAGUGGAUACUAUCAAUAUUACACAACCACCUACGUGCUCACCAAUACCGACCUAACAACUAUUACCUCUGUUUGGAGCAGCCAUAUCGCCGCAGCUACAAGCACGGGUACGUGCAGAAUCGAUCUCGGCGAGACAACGUGCGGCUCGACUUGUUGCGAGGCUGCGCAAGAAUGUUAUGAAGGCCAAUGUGUCGCUGAGAGCUCUUCAGUUAUUGUGGCUGCUACAGCAACAGAACCAGGAUCAGAAGCCACACCGGGCGUACGAGCGACUAGCAAUGGGGCAAGCACUGUAACAGAAACCUCAGCCCCAACCACAACUGAGGGAUUCACAGCCCCAGUUGGAACGGACGGGGCAGCUUUGAUCGGGGUCCAAGCCACAACUAGCAGCGGAUUGAGUGGUGGAGCUAUUGCAGGAAUUGUCAUCGGCAGUAUCGUCGGUGCGUUCUUGUUGCUACUCCUCUGUGCCUGCGUCUGCUUUAAGGGCAUCUUGGAAGGACUGCUUGCAGCACUCGGUAUUGGCAAGAAGCGCCGCAGACAGGACACAACAUAUAUCGAAGAGCGUCAUUCUCGCCAUUCACAUGGCAGUCGGCCUCCUCCCCCCCCCCUCCUCCCGGUGGGCGAACGUGGUUUGGAGCUAGACCAGCUGCGGGAGGUAGUAGCCGAAGCUCUGACAGACGAACUAGGGAUACGCGACGGUCGCGACGAUCACGAACUCGCUCCGACCGUCCAUGAUAUCUGA